AUGUCAUCUUCUUCAAAUUCCUCAAACUUCAACGAACACAGAUGGGUAAUUUACAUUCAAAAAACCCUAAAUGAAGAUCAAGAAGAUACCAACGAUUUCUCCAUCACCAUCUUCACCAUCCCCAAAACCCUAAUGGUUUCCGAUCCAGAUUCUUACAUCCCUCAUCAAAUCGCCAUAGGACCUUACCAUCAUUCCCGUCCAGAGCUAUACGAAAUGGAGCGUUACAAACUUGCUGCCGCCAAAAGAACCCAAAAAUCCUUCCAACCCAUUAAAAUUCAUCACAUCGUCGAUCAUUUCUCAAAAUUCGAAUCCAAAAUUCGUUCUUCUUACAACAAAUUUCUCGAUUUCAAUGGCGAAACGUUGGCCUGGAUGAUGGUUGUUGAUGUUUGUUUCCUUCUUGAGUUUCUCCGAGUUUAUGUUGAUAAAGAAGGAAAUCUCCGGCCACGAAUUCAUAAUUCAAUUCUAAGAGAUGUUAUGAUGAUGGAGAAUCAGAUUCCUUUGUUUCUUCUUAGAAUUGCGUUAGAAUUCCGCGGAGAAACGAAGGAAUCGGCUGAUGAACUGUUACUUUGCAUGAUAAUGGGUAUGUCUGAAGAGAUUUCGCCGUUGAAGAUGAUCGGAGAACUGCCGCCGGAGAAUAUUUCAGUUCAUGAAUCAGCACACUUUGUUGAUUUCCUUUAUAAUUUACUCGUGCCUAAAUCUAUAGAUUAUCCUGAUGAAGAUGCGACAUUUGUUGAUGAUCAGAAUUCAACUGAAUUUGCUGGACAUUUGAGUUAUGCCCGCCAAGUGUUCGACAAAAUGCGGAUGAAAUUUAACACGGAAAGAGGUUUAUUCAAAAACAUAAUUUCGUCUAAACCGGUUAGAUUAGCGAUUAAAUUACCUCUAUCGAUUAUCCUUAACUUACCCAUUAUUAAUCUUUUUAAACAACCUUUAGAACAUAUGUCAUUUAACAAAGGGCUUGAAAAAAAAGACGAUGAAAAUAGUAACAACCUAAACAAACCUCCUUUAAUGGAAGAAAUUUCAAUUCCAUCAGUUUCGGAACUCAUUUUAGCGGGAGUGAAAUUCGUGCCUACUACACAAAACAAUAUAAUGACAAUCAACUUCGAUGAAUCCACGUCAACAUUUUACCUUCCAACUGUCGUCCUAGAGGUAAACACGAGAUCGGUUUUGAGGAAUUUAGUGGCAUACGAGACUUGCACAUCAUCCGGACCGUUGAUUUUCACACGUUAUACCGAGAUGAUGAAUGGGAUCAUCGACACAGAAGAGGACGCUCGAUUGUUGAGGGAAAAAGGGAUCAUAGUGAACCAUUUGAAGAGCGAUGAGGAGGCGGCUGAUUUAUGGAAUGGGAUGAGCAAAUCUAUCAAAUUGACGAAAGUGUUGUUUCUUGAUAAAACGAUUGAAGAUGUGAACAAGUAUUAUCAAAGUAGUUGGAAGGUUAAGGUAUCAAUAUGUCUCACAAGUCAAAAGAUGUGGUGGGCGGUGGGGCGGCGGCUGGGCGAUUCUCCAAUCGGCGGCGGCGGCAGAAAUCCAGUCGGGCGCGGCGACAGUGCGAUUCUUCAAGCGGCGCGGCGGCUCAGCAGUUCUUCAAUCGUCGUCGAGGUCUUCAAGCAGUGGGCUGUUGGCGGCGUCGUCUUCAAUCCGGCGUCGUCUUCAAUCCGGCGUCGUCUUCAAUCGAGCGUCGGGUAG